CCGACGAACUCGAUGUUGUCGCUCUGUCGCUACCAUACCGACCAUCGCUUAAUCUUAAUGCUCGGUGCUGUUAUUUGGAAACUAUGUCAUUCGAGAUGACUUCUUACUACACACCUUGCAUCAACUCAACUCAGUCCUCGAUAUCCUCACCAGCCAUACGAUGAUGCAGGAGGUAGUUCGAACACUUCCGAAAUGGUUGACGCUUGGCGCCUCGUUCGGUGCGGUAAAUACACUCACGCUAAAAGCGAGAUUGUUUUGGACUGCGAGAACGUCGUGAUUGGACGCAACGUUGAGCCAAAGUAUCGUCUAGACAGCGUGAACAUCAGUCGUCAGCACGCUUGCUUGAGAUACAGCAAACACGGACUAUGGGAAAUCACCGAUCUUCGCAGCCACAACGGCGUGUUUGUCAACGGUGCAAGGAUACCGGCAUCACACCGCGUUACUCUUCACGAAGGCGAUGUCAUCGGUUUUGGGAAGCCUGCGCCGAGUGGUGACGAUGUGUUUGUGUUUGCGUUGGAGAAGAAAUGUUUGAGUGUCGCCGUCAAGAACGAAUUGCCCGAUUCACCAACGAGUGCGUCGCCUGCAUCCGACGCCGUGUUGUUGAGCGAUGAGGACGAUAUCGUCGUCACAAAAGUAGUCUGUGCGAAAAGACGAUUGACUGUUUCAACAAGUUCUAACUGUGCAGCUGCCACGCACUGUCCGUCGCCGCCAGCCCAUAAUGCCGCUCCGCCUCUUGUCACAACCAAAAACAAACCCGUUGAUGGGGACGGCAGACUUAGUUAUGCUGGUUCAGCGGUUUCCACCAGUCCGGCUGUUGGUGCCGCCCACAUCGAUGUUCCACCAACGGCUGGCAUGGCGCGCUUCAGCAUUAGUCCUCAUCAGCAAGUGCCAGGGACCGCAGUCGCGAUUGUUAUCAAAGCAGAGCCGUCUGACGCUGUGGGGAGAGUGAAAAUUGAACGCGACUGUGAAUCCACUGAUUCUCGAUCGACGUCUAGUCGCGACACAUCACAUAGCAGGUCAUCACUGCCAGUAGGAUUGACCUUCGCACCUGCUGCUAGCAACAGAAACCCAGUUAAAGUGACUGAUAGAGCACUUCCUCCUCAUGCUCCUGGCACUUACAUUAAACAAGAGGUGCCAGAACCCUUUGCCGAAAUUGAAGAUGUUCCCAUACGUGAACCGACAGGUGUGCCAAUUUAUAUCAAGCAAGACCCAGAUUGCUUGGCCAGAGAGCAAGCGCAGAAUGUAGAGAAAGCAGUGGUGACACAUGCUCACCAAAGUGAGUGUCUUGGUGAUUUACCCUUGCACAAUGUCGUCAGUAGUAGUUCCGGAAGGACAGAUCAUGCAAGCACUGUGUCAAGAAAAGUCGAAGUAAACUCUUGCAACAGCACAUCUUUAUCUUACCCCUCUGAGCAAAAAGCAGAAUGUGAUAAUUUACACCGAAGUGGUUUAGGUGUAUGUGCUACUACCAAGAAAAAUGAAGCUGCUCCUAUUCCUUCAUUAGGAGCACCAAGAACAGAUGUCAGUAGCAUUACUGUAAAAGAGGAACCUGUUUUCUCUGACAGCAGUAGCACCAACAUAGUGCAAAGCAUAGUUGAAAUCAGUACGCCAGCGGAUGUGUCUACCUCUUCUAUAGGUUUUGGAAAAACUGUGAAAAGUGGUUUUACACUGGGUGACCUAAAUGCCAGUGAUGCUAAGCAGUGCAGUACAUUUCCUUUACACAAAAACAUGAAUGAGGAGAAGUGCUCCGGGUUGAAGUAUGUUCCAUGUCAGGAAAGAUCAUAUUCACCGACAGCUUACAGCAAGAAUGUAAACGAUUUGCCUAACAUGCCAGGCUGUUUCAAUUUGUCCCGGUUGGUUAAGCCAUGCACUGUUGUUCUUGAGAGAUGUGAAAGCAGCACUCUUGCUCAGGAACAACGACCUACUUCUGUAAGUGGACAGCAGCUCACUGAAGGUGGUUUGGUCACACAAGGCGAUCACAGUCAUGUUGAAGCAGGACUUGCUGAAAGCGCUCGGAACACAGCUAAUGACAGUCCUCAUGAUAUAUCAUUUUCUCAGGAUGAUUUAAUAAUCAUUCUUUCCGAUUCAGAUGAUGAUUGUAAUCUGGGAAUAGAUUUUGAGAUCAAGAAAGAACCUGAGGAAGCAGAAGAGAUUAUUAGCAAUGAUGCUGAUGUUGAGGCUGGCAUUCCGUGGAGUUGCUCGAAUGACAUUACUGAAGAGAGGAAAACUGUGCCAGUGUGUUCAGUAGCUGAAGACAAGGAGCUUGAAAAAAGACUUGUUUGGAAUGAGUCAGAUUCGGAGCAACCCACCUCAACUGAUAAGGAGCAAUCGGAAAAUGAUUUCUUCCCAGCAUUGUCACAAGACUUCUCUGAAGAUGAUGCUCUUCCAGCAAAAAUAAAGAGAAGAAGCGCUCCCACAGGUGCAAGUUCCUUGUCAUCUACCCAUCGCCUUGCUUUGCAAGGCAAAGUGAACAGAAGCCCCAAGAAAAAAUCAAGCCUGAAAGAGAAGCUUAUGAAAUCUAUGAAACACAGGAUACCAAUGGCUGGAGGUGGAUCAGCAGUCCAAAAGAAAGAUGGUGAAAUGUUGCCCAAGUCUAGCUCUGCUGCUGAAUGUGAAGAUGGUUUAAAGAAGUCCCAUUACAAGGGUAGGUUCCAGUCCCGUGCAGCUCGCCUGCUAAGUACAGAAGAGCCAUCUAAGCCUGCUGCAAGCACGUCAAAAAGAAAGCAAGUCAGAAUGGCUAAACCUUUUAAUAAUAUGCAAACGGUACCACACAGAGUUGAAGCUGUCAGGCCACUUGACGUUUGUGCUGAAAGAGCAAAACAGUUGAGUCCAUCUCGGUAUAGUAUGCAGCUGCUUCCAGAGAAGGGAAAAGCUCCCAAAGCAAGUGAUGUUUCCGUUGAAACACCGAACCACAUGUGUCCAUCUUGGAAUGCUACGAAGAUACCUCCGCAGCUGGAAAAUGCUCCAAUGUCAAAUGCUGUUUCUACUGAAACUACAAAUCGAUUGAGUUCUUCCCUGAAAAAAUGUGCCCUCAUUCCCCAGGUGAACAAUUUUACAAGUGCUGACUCAUCAGUACAGGGAAAAGCAUGCUUUUCUGUGCCAAGGUUCAAACAAGCUGUUCGAAUUUCUAGAUUGGCAAUGGGCUCAACAGUGCACACUGCUACUUCAGGUGACCCCCCUGUAGAUGCACAAAGGCCUGCAGCUCUGCCACUAAUUCCUGUGCCUAUGGACCCUGAACCUAUGGACAUUGAUGUAAUUCCUGAACCUAUGGACAUUGAUGUAUCCGAAAGGAGGUCACGUGUACACUUUCACAUAGAAGAACCAAGUGGCAAAACUGAUGAGCAGAGGGCUGAAUUUGCACAACGUGUUAGGGCAUCAUUGAAGAAGAAAAAGUUCGAACAAAGUCAGAAGAGUAAGAUAAACUUGGGAGUCUUCAUCUCUUUCAUUCUCAACUGGAAAGUUCAGUGGCUAAAGGAGCAGCUGCAUUCGGCAGUGCUUCCUCCUCUACUGGACAUGGGCAAGUUUAGAGGUAAACGCUUCAUGUACAGUAAUCUGGAAGAAUACAAGCUGGUGAACUACCACUUUUUGUGCCUCGAAGUGUGGCAGUCUCUCUUCCGCAGCUGGCGAGAACAUUUCGCACGCACCACACGCAUGACAUUCAGUUCUGCUGUUAUGCACCACGUAUGCCCUCCUGGUGACUCCAUGAUCUUAACUUGUGUUGUUUUAGUGACACCAGAGCAGAUGCACAAAUCUUUGUACCCAUUUGAAGGUCACCUUGUCCGCCUGGAUUUGCGCAUUCGAGAUCAGGAAAAAGCUGCACUGCCAGCAUUUGGAUUUGUGACUAAACACAAGUUCCUGAGGGACCCUCGUGCACGUAAUAGCACCAUCCCAGACUUGUUACAAAGUGUGUACACUGAUGGGUGUAUUCCUGUUACAUUGCACAUUCAAGUAAGAACAAGGCCUGUGACUCUAGACUUUGGUAAACUUCAGCGCUUGUCUGUAGUGGGCAAGAUUACUCCUGCUUUGCGGCAAAUGGAAGCUGUGUUAGAGCUUGAAAAAUCUGCGUUUGCUGACUGUAUUGUCAGGCCUAAUGUUAGCCAUUUUUGGUGCCAGAAAGGUGUUCCUGUCAGCUCUAGCUUCAGAGAAAACUUCAAUCAUGAGCAAGAGCAAGUAAUCAGUUCUGCUGUUGCUGCUAUGAGAGUGAAUGGCAGCGAACCUAGAAUUAUGAUCCUGCAUGGCCCACCUGGCACAGGCAAGACUCACACAGUUGUUGGCGUGGUGACAGAGAUCCUUCUGUACAACAGCAAACAGACUAUGCUGAUUGUGGCACCAUCCAAUGCUGCAGUUGAUGAGAUUGGUCGUCGGCUUUUGGCUCACAGGCAGUGGCAGUACAGACAGAGAGUGCCUGCAGAACAGGUUUUGAAGGUAGUCCGAAUCGGCCAAAACAGCAUGGUCCAUCCAGAGGUUCGUGGAAUCUGUCUUGACGAGUUGUUGCAAAAGAACAUUCAGAAGGAUGAGAUUGAACGGUGCAGAGAGUACGACCAGACCAUUUCUGCUCUAGAGAUUGAAGUGAAACGGUGUGCUGACAAAAAGUAUCAGCUUGAGAGGUCUGCCUGUCAGGAUGUUAGAGCGUUUAGACGUCUUGAGUUUCAGAUCACACAUUUGCAGUCUCAGAUCCAGCAGGCUAAAGAGAAGAAAAAGCUCAUAACUGACAGCAAUGCCCGGCAGUUCCGUAAUGCUAAUGAGAGGAAACUUGUAAUCCUUCGCAACGCUCAUGUCAUCCUUUCCACUCUGAACAGCUGCCGUAGCCGUCUUAUGGAAGAGGCUUUUGGCCGCAACAGUUCUCAUAACUUCUCAUGUGUUCUUCUUGAUGAAGCAACUCAGUGCACCGAAGUGGAAGCUCUGCUCAGCUUGCAGUACCAAACCAGCAGGCUGAUUCUUGUUGGUGAUCCCAUGCAGCUACCUGCUACAGUCAUGUCACAAGAUGCUGUGGAUCGUGGGUUCCAGGAAUCACUCUUUGAGCGCUUUUACAACUACCUAAAGCAAGAAGCUGACUCUAAGCCCAUCUUCACACUAAAUGAACAGAGACGAAUGCAUUCAGAGAUUUGUCAUUUCCCAUCAAAGUACUUUUAUAAUGGGAAUCUUCGACCAGUUCUUGGGCUAGAUGCCAAAUAUGCGUCAUGUCCAUUGACUCCGUACCUUGUGUUCAACAUUAAGGACAGCCCUGAGGUUAGCGAGACCACUAGUACAUCAUGGUUGAAUCGUGGUGAAGCUGCCUUUGUUGCUCGUCUUUGCCUUGCUAUUUCACAGCAUGUUGUGAAUGUGUCUCUCGGUGUUAUCACACCAUACCAGGCUCAGAAGACUGCUAUCAUCGAACAGCUUCGAGAGAGUUUUGCACCAGAGGCAGCAACUUUUGACGUGAAUACUGUGGAUGGCUUUCAAGGCCAGGAGAGGGAUGUCAUUGUACUGUCAUGUGUGCGUGCCCACAACCCAAGAGGCAACAUUGGUUUUGUUGCUGACGCACGGAGGCUGAAUGUUGCCAUCACAAGAGCCAAGAAAGCUUUGUAUAUCUGUGGACAUCUUGACUCUCUUAAGGACAGUGAGGAGUGGAGGGCAUUGAUUUCUGAUGCCUGUCAUCGUUCCAAAGUGAUGGACAUCUCUGCGAAAUGUUCUUCUGAUCUCCUUGCGGACAUUAUCAAGAAGCCCCAUAUAACAGGACCGUGAUGAAACUGAGGGCUUCAUUAUUUGUAUGUUUCAGUUUAUGCAUAUCUUGGAUGUGCCCACACAUUGUAGUAAGUGAAUGUAAAUGCUCACAUUUUGUUUCUUAUGUAGGCCAACUAGGGCCUUCAAAGAUUGUAUAUGCAGGUUCCAUUUCAAUUUUAGUGGUUUGUUUUGUUGUGGUUUUGUUUCAUAGCGUCUGGCAUUUUGGUUAGCAUAUGCUAUGUCUCUUCAUAGUUGUGUCAUCGUCCUUCCAUUGAACUGACAGUGUUGCAUUCACUGAAGACAGUGGAAUAAGAAUUCAAGCCGUGUCUCAGAAUACAAAUGACUACAUUGUUAGUUCUUGUGGUUUUGCUAUGUCACUUUUUUUUCGAGCUAGAAUGCAGAGUUUGCUAUAUUUGUACAUUAAUGCAAAUGUGAAUGAAAGUUGUGAAUAAUCAAUUUUGAUAUGGUCGCAGUUAUUUGUUCUAUUGGAACUCUUUCAUGACUAAGUUUUUCACACAUGGCAAACUUCAUGAUGUGGUAAGGGUUGCAACCUGAGGUUACACUGUGCCUCACAGAACUACAUGCUUUUCUUGUGGCUUUACUUCAUUACAUUAAUGAAGCUUCAUUCCUGAUGCA